UCUCUCUCCCCCAAAAGUGAUUAAUUGUUAAUUAAUCAAUUAUUAACCUCUAUCAUCUAAAACAAUCAUGUCCCAAUCUCCUCUCUCCACUCUCUUCGUCGCAAUUCUCCUCCUCUCCAUCUCUUCUUCUAUUUUCGCCGACGCUCUCGUUGAUGGCAAGAGGAAGGACAUCGUCGACGCUCCGCUCCUCACGUCGAAGAUCGGCGCCAAUCGCACCGUACUCGUCGGCCCGGCCGAAGAGUAUAGAACGGUUCAAGCCGCUAUCGACGCGGUCCCGGAGGGGAACUCGGAUUGGAUUAUAGUCCACCUUAGGGCCGGGGUUUACAGAGAGAAGGUAAUUAUACCAGAGAACAAGCCAUUCAUAUACUUGAGGGGCAAUGGCAAGGGCAGGACGGCGAUAGUGUGGGACGACAGCUCUACCAACAACACAGAGUCCGCGACUUUCACCGUCCGGGCCGACAACUUCGUCGCCUUCGGCAUUAGCUUCAAGAACGACGCUCCGAUCGGCGUUCCGAGUACCCCUUUCAACCAGUCGGUGGCUGCGAUGGUCUCCGGCGAUAAGGCGGCUUUCUACCAUUGCGCAUUUUAUAGCCCUCACAACACUCUCUUCGAUCACAAGGGCCGGCAUUACUACGAGAGCUGCUACAUUCAAGGCAACAUCGAUUUCAUCUUCGGCCGCGGCCAAUCGAUCUUUCAGAGUUGUGAGAUAUUUGUUCUCCCGGACCGGAGAACGAAGAUCCUCGGAUCCAUCACGGCUCACAACAGGCGAUCUGCGGACGACGACAGCGGGUUCGUGUUCUUGAAAGGAAAGGUGUAUGGCGUUGGCGACGUCUUCUUGGGUCGAGCAAAUGAAGCUUACUCGCGGGUCGUCUUUGCCGGGACCUACCUCUCCAAGACCAUCACUCCAGCUGGUUGGACCAACUGGAGCUACGCCGGCAAAACAGACAACCUAUUGAUCGGAGAAUUUGCAUGCCAAGGACCGGGCGCAGACCCGGCGCACCGGGUUCGGUGGUCGCGGCAACUCAGUGAGCAAGAUGUGGCUCCGUUUUUGAGCAUAGAUUUUAUUAAUGGCAAGGAAUGGUUGCCCGUGUACUAUUAGCAAACAAUUAGAUAUAUUUAACCCUUGGUGUUGUAUCAUACGAAUAAGAUUAACAGAUACCUUUUUUUA